CAUUAACCCAGUUCCUCAGCUGCAAGCAGUAAAUGGGUAGUUCAGUCUUAAGUAUCUUCACUUUUCGUUCUUCAGAUUACCUUGCGAUUUUUUUGAGACUUCUAGGCACAGUUGUUAUUCCUUCUUUGCUUUGUGAAGCAAUAAAAAAAGUGGAAAGAGAAUGAAGAGCCCUGGCACUCUCCCCUCCCAGCUGAAAUGAGUACAAUACUUGCUGUAAAUAAACUCGGUGUGACUCUGAUCUUGAGGCAUGAUACACUUGACUGUCAGAUGGUUUAGUUUUGAGCAGCGUUCAAAAGCCUGCUUGUGUGUUACGCUGCGGGGAGAAAAGGGAUUGCUAGAUCACAGGUAAGGCAGGAGUCUUAGCUGCUCUGUGCUUUUUGCCAAGAAGGAAAUGAGCAGGAGCAUCCCUGUAGCAAAGCAAUCAAUGCAAUACUGGCAACUUCAUAGGCAUGGAAAGACUUCUCAGUAGCCCGGUGUGCUAAACAUGGCUUCUGUUAAUAGAGCAAUCUAGCAAGACAGUUUGGUGCCUGUUGCUGGAUAUGUGCUUGCCAUGUAGGUGAAUUGCUGGUUUAGCAGGCUUUUUUCUUCUUGCCCAUCACAGUACUGCUCCAGCUCUGGCAGUGGCAUCACUACAGUGGUCUUGUAGCAAGGGCUGCUUAGCAUAAGGCUCAGGAUGGCUCUUUCUGCACCUGUAUGUGACAAAUCACAGGACAGAAAAUGCACAAAAUUCUCCAGGCUGAGAGUGACUUAUGUGGUGGCGUGAGAGACUUUCUCCAAGAGAUGCUGAGGAGUUGGUUUCUGUGGGAUAUGGAGUCAACUGCUGGUAUCUCCCCCAGCCCCCCACCCCUUUGGUCACGAUGGUUUGUAAUAAAUUCACAUUGUAUAAGGCUCUGGAAUAACAAGAUCAAUUAUGGAUGUUAAACCUGGUUGUUCCCACCUCCAUUAGACUAUUAAGUCAGAAAAAGGACUUGGGAGGAUAAACAAUGCUCCAGCUUAUACAAACUACUCUGUGGGUCAUGGUGGUUGUUUUAUUGUAGGGAAGUUCCCUGUGUAGAAACUGAACCUUUUUAGCCACACGUUGUAACUGAUUCACUCAAAAUUGGUUUAUUUCUACUGAUAAUGUUGAGCCAGCACAGAGCAAAUGGGUUUCAAUCAUGUGUCUGAAGACAAACAGAAUUCACUGACUUUGGACUUAAGGUUUUCAGUGGGGUGCAAUCUGGAAGAACAACCUUCUCUGUCUCCAAACUGAGUAGAUCGGGGAGAAACUUGGCUGGUUUUUGGUUGGUUUUUGUUUGUUUAGCCAAGGAAUCAACUGUGGAAAGAGACAGUAAUGCAGACUGCAUUUGGUUAAGGUACUUGGGUUGUAUUUCUACAUGUCCUCCUGUGUUCCUGCUGUAAAGCUGGAUUUCAGAGGGUUUACAAUCAUGUGGGAACAUUGCUGGAUGGUACUGCUGUUUUCCUUGCUGGCACUUAAGGGAUUUGCUUGGCUGUAAUGUCAGAAUAAGUGGGGUUGGCUUAUUUUGUCUUUUCACAAAUUUCUGGAUACUUACUUCAUCUGUAGGUAAAUGUUUUGUAGUAUUGGAGCAGCUGACCUCUGAAUGUGGGAGAGAGAACUAGAGAACAGAUGCCAAGGAGGAGAUCCAGGCAGACAGACAGAACCUCCUUUUAUUAAAAAAUAAUAAAUAAAAAAACCCUGCCUGUGAUUGCUUGAUUACUAUUGUGCUGAAGAACUUCGUGUCAAAGGGCUUGUGUGACUGAGGUGUAUAAAAUGGAUUGCAUUGAAUCUUGGUGCUCUUCCCACUUUAACGCUUUUCCAACUCAAUACCUCGAUUGUCUCUUUUACAUGUUCAACCUGAGUAUUUCCCUUGACGUUCCCAGUUGCAGCCUGGCAGUGGUGAAAGCUGGGUUAGAGCAUUAGCUGUAAAUGCAGCAUGGCAAGGUGUUGCUACCUGCUCCCCACUGGGAGAUGCGUGUUGCAUCAGUUGCAGGCAAUGUAAGUGGAAGAAAGUGGGGAGAGGAACCCUCAGUUUUCAGUUUGGGUAUUGCUACUUAAAGUGUUCUUAUGCUUAGUUUCAGAAAAGGUAUUUUCUUUAAGCUGUUGUUUGUCUUGGCAUUCCUUACGGGGUCAGACAGGGAAGACGGUCACUGUGCUGUUUAAUGACUCUACCUCACUGUUUGAAAAAUCUCCUUCCUUCAGUCUCUACCAGACUCUAACUUUAGAGCAGAUGUGGAAUGAACAAAGUCAUGUCUAUAGUACUGAGGUUUUGGUAGAACUGGUUCAAUGCCAGCAGGCUGUGAAGCCCUGGCCAGUGAAGGGUGUGCGGUGAGUGGCCAGGUCAGGCUGCUUGAGAAAGCUUGAGGAGGAGGAGGAGGUGGUGGCUGGUGCUGGUUUUUAAGGCAAGUCAUGGUGGUUUAUUUUGGGUUCUUCACCUUUCUGCAGAGCACCCCUGCCAGAAGCUCAGCCUUUCGGUAGGGACAACAGAAAGUAGGAUGAGAGUUGCAAGGAAACCUCUGGUCCGUGUAGCAUGGGAAAAAUUAUCCUCCCCAGGGCAUGAUUAUGUAGGAUGCCUGGUCUACCACUGCCAAACCCUCCUCUGCCUGGUCUAUUUUUUAAAUUAUAGUCCUUUUGCAAACUGUGGAGGUUGUGUGGUCAGCUUGGUCUCUUGUGCAAGAAGAAUUUCAGUUUUGGAGGAAAUUGUCUGCCUGACUUGAUAAGCAUCCUCCUGAUUUCCAGAACCUGGUGGGUUUUUUUAACCAGAAAAACAUGGAUAUACAUGAAUAUUUGCUUCCUGCAGAGCACUUAAGUUUGGGCACUAGCCAUGGGAGAUACACACAGAGUAAGGGGCCAGUUACCCCAAAACAAGUUGGGAAGAGUAUGACUUCUAGCAAAGCAAUGUGAAAAGCACAGUGGUUUUCAAUUCCUGAGGUUUUUAGUUACUGCAUAUAUAAGCAAGUCAAUUAAAACACAUUUGGCUUAUUUCAAAUAGAUAAUCUAAUUAUCAGCUUGAUUAAACCAUAUCAAAUGAACAGUUCUUGUAAUUCAGUAGCUUUGUUCUAAUCACUGCAAAAGCAGUGGUAGCUUUAAUUAAAUGCCUCAAAAGUGGCAGGCCAGUGUCGAUUGUGUCAAUUGAGGGGUGUUCCAGCUAAAUACCUGAUUGCAGGGAAGAUCAGACCACUCCUAGGUUGAUGCUAAUAUGAAGACCAACUCUUUGGUGCCAAUAAAGGGAACCUGACUACUUUGUAAAUACCAUUGAGUACAAGCAGUUGUCCUUUUCUGCUCUUUACGAUGCUCAGAUACAGACUUAGUUAAAUCUAUUCCAGUAUCACUCCAUUAGUCUUACUUUUUAAAAAUGUUUAUAGGUCAGUAUCACCCACCUGUAUCCUUUCUUGGCAUUAGAACUGUAGCUUCUUAUGUGAAUGUGUGCUUCUUCAGACUGCAGAAUUGCUUAACUGCUCAAAUACCCGACAAAAGCCUGCUGCAGGUCGCUUGCUGAAGUUGAAAUGCAAGAGUGCAAAGGCAUGGUAAUGCUUCUGCUGAAAAUUGAACCUGAUUUUUCAUUUUCCUGUUCCGUUUGCUGGCUAACUUAGGAAGCCAAUGCGUGGCUGAAAGGGCUCUCCAGCUGGGGUUGUUCCUCUCCUAUUGCUUGCUUACUACAUACUUAGAGGUCAUUUAUUACUAAGGUCCUGCUUGUGGUGGGGUCAGAAAGCCUGGGGUGUACUCAUUGCAUGACUGGUGAGCAUACAACUGCUGCUGAUGCUUUGGGUGAAGGCAGGCAGCAGUUGUCUCCAUUUCUUCUGCCCUUGAUGCUUCCUCCCCACCUUUCCACAGAGAGCUCUGGUGAUGUAUUGCUUGGAGGGAGCCAUCCUCCUCGCGAGGCUGGCUUUCCUUGUGCCUCUGCAGGAAAAGUUCCCUCUCAGGGUAAAUUGGAGCAGGACCACUCCUGUGAUGUUCCACCUGGCUGGGAAGGUCUGGAUGUGCUGAAGCUGCCUGGUCUGCCAGCGGCUUCAUUAGGGCACUGGGUGUUGGUUUGCUCAGCUGUGCCUUCAGCGAGGCGGUUCCUGUUCCAGGAUUGGACAUUGAUCCUAUGACGCAUGCCCGGAAGAAACAACUUUUCCUUCUGAAACAUCCAGCUGGUUCUGCUGGUCAAGCUUCAUCACCAACAAGCAGCAGGAGGAUGGACAGGACCGACACAGAGUGUGGCGAGCAGAGAGACGGAGGUGCCACCGAGGCCCCGAACUGUACAAGUGGGUUUGUGGGGACAAGCAAAACUAAGAAUUUGCAUGAAGUACGAAAGACGUACCCGCUGCGGAGGCGUCUGCUUCCCUCAGUGAACAAAAAGACCUGUAAAGUGCUCCUCACCAGGCUGGAGGAUGUGGCUGGAUCCCUGUCGAAACAGACCCAGAGCUGCAAAAAAAAGGACCUUCCCAGUUGGAUGGAGGGUUUGGGACCUGCUUUGUUCUCUGAACAAGUUCAGCCUGUGGGAGCAGGGAAGAGUGAUUCAUCUGGGGAAAAGUGCACAAUAACUUAUCCAGGGACAGAGCAAGACCUUGAUACGGCUCCUUCAGAGCCCAGGAAGCGCAGGCUGGCCUCGCUGAAUGCAGAGGCAGUGAACAAUCUGCUUUUUGAACGGGAUGAUGGCUUAUUAUCUGGCAGGCGUUUUCGGAGGGACUCUGUUAAAGCCGGUGGAGAAUGUACUGUUAAGAGCUUUCAUUGCAAAGCUGGUGACAACUGGCCUGCACUGGAAAAAACAGCUGUGAAAACAGGUAAAGGAAAAACCCGGCAUGAGCCAAGUCAGAAAUGCAAUAGCUGUGACCAUUCACUGGAUGAGGUCUUUGAUGAUGGGGCAAAGAGGGAGGAUGGUGCCAUUUCCUAUCAUCCCACCCCAAAGAGACUGGCCAGCCUGAAUGCCGUGGCCUUUCUGAAGCUGACCCAUGAAAAAGACCAGCCCCUGAAGCAGAGGAGUAAAUCGGAUGGAGAGGGCAAGUCAGAGAACCACUGUUCAAAAUCUACUCUCAAAUGGGCCAAAGCCAGUAGGAAGAACUGCGUCAAAUCCAAGAAGGAAAUGGCUAGCUUAAAAAUGGACGUUCAGCAUGGCUGGCGAGGAGUGGGUGCUUUGGGGAAAGGAGAGCAGCGGGACUCCUCUAGGCUCUGCGGGACGACAGAACCCGCCCCUUACGAGUCGCUGUCUAGCUCUUAUGCUAGCACAGAGGGUUUCUACCACAGACUGCCUUUGCUUAUGGGUGGGCAAGCUUCCAUGAAGCCGGAGUAUGGAAGACCUGGAGAAAAAUCCCCGACUCCUAAACAGGAAUUUCAUCAGCCUUCUUUUCCAGUGCAGCAGUUCCCUCCCUUGCCUGUGCCCGGAAAUCACACGGAUUGUGGAUGUCUCUAUGAAUCCUCGGAUCUGACUCCAUUGAACGGGUUUUACGUUUAUUAUGGCCAAAGUGGAUACAGUGGCUACUCUCACUGCUCCAUUUACCCCAAGGACGAGCUUUCGCAAUCUGCUACCUGCGAGGGGCUCUUGGUAUCGCCCAGUUCUUUGCCAUCAGGUGCUCAUUUCCAGCCACUCCACUGGUGUAACUCUCCGUACUGUUGUGGAGAAGGAACGGCGAUUAACAGUUACAGCGUCUGUGGAGUUGUGCACGUGCCAGAGGGCAGGAUUAGCAGUGUGCAUGCAGGACGGAACAGCUACCCCUACAAAAUGCCUUUUGCAGCAGAAGGCUGCAAGUCUCUGGACCAGCUGAACCUCACAAUCCCAGUGGCAGGGCACCCUGCGUCACCUGCCCACCCGCUCUCAGGAUGUCCUGUACCCAGCGUGCCACCAGCUGCAGAACCCGUUCCUCAUCUGCAGACCCCCAACUCUGAUCCUCAGACCAUGGCCCGAGAAUGUCCUCAGAGCUCAAAGCCUCCCAGCGGCUCGAAAUCCGGUCUCCGAAAUACUACGGGCUGCCUCCACGCCUCUGACAGCAAAGCGGUAGGAGGUCACUCCCAUCCAAAGCAGCAGCGCAUCAGCAGGCGCAGAGCUACCAAUGGCUGGAUACCCGUUGGCACCGCCUGCGAGAAGGCAGUCUAUGUUGUGAAUGAGCCAGAGCCGGCUGUUCGCAAGAGCUAUCAGGCUGUGGAGAGAGAUGGGGAGAUUAUCCGGGUACGAGAUACCGUCCUCUUGAAAUCAGGACCCCGGAAGAAAUCUAUGCCAUAUGUCGCGAAGAUAUCGGCACUGUGGGAAGACCCCAAAACAGGGGAGCUGAUGAUGAGCCUCCUGUGGUAUUACAGACCAGAGCACACUCAGGGAGGCCGCAAUCCCAGUAUGCACCAGAAUGAGAUCUUUGCAUCCCGGCAUCAGGAUGAAAACAGCGUUGCCUGCAUAGAGGAGAAAUGCUACGUGCUGACCUUUGCAGAGUACUGCAGAUUUUGUGCCUUGGCAAAGCGUCGAGUUGAAGGGAUCCCAGGCAGGAAAACCAUUAUGGUUCCUCCCUCAGAAGAGUACUCCACACCUCUGCACCGCAAGGUGCCCGAGGACACUGACCCUGAGCUGGUUUUCCUCUGUCGUCAUGUCUACGACUUCAGACACGGGCGCAUCUUGAAAAACCCGCAGUAGCACCGUUCUUGAGUCGGACCGCGGUGAGGAUGAGCGGCACCGGAGAGCCGACGGCAGGCCGGCAGUCUGGGACAUCUGUGCACUCCUGACGACUUACCUUGUGCUGCCUGCAGACCAGAGCGCCCAGCGCUCUUCCCUCGGACUGAAAAGUGUGUGCAGGAGCAGAUCCCUGUGGAGGAAGGCAGCAGUUGAAAGCACAGCACUUCAUUAAAAGCAUAAAUGAAAAUAUAUACGUAUAAAAUAUAUGUAUAUAGAUAUAGGUACUUGCAUAUGUAAAUCUAUAUCUAUAUAUGUAUCUAGAGAUGCAUAUAUUGGGAGGGGUUUGCAGGGGAUAAAAGCCAGUAAACUGAAUCCAGAGCCAUCGCUGGUGGGAAUGGUGGAAAGGUGCAGGAGGGAUGCUUUGGUGCAUUAUAUGAGUCAAGCUGUGACAGUUCUGUGGUUUUCGUGCCCUGAUGUGAAGUGUGAGGUCUGAGACAGUUCCUUGGCAGAGCACAGGAGAGUCUCUUGUCCCUCAGGACAGACUGUGAGGAUUCCCCAUGGGUGACAGCUUCUUCAGAAUGCAGCCAUUGCUUUGGAAGCUGCCUGGAUGCAGAGUGGCCUUGUGUUGUGCUUGAAUAGGUUUUGCUCUGUCAGGGGAAGAGGUCACCCCUAUUUUCUCUCAUUUUCCUCUUCCCCUCACCUCGCUGUUCUGUGAUUCACUGCCUGGACUGGGGCUUGGCAGCCAGGUUUGGAAAUCUGCUCCCUUGCAGAGCGGAGGGAGCCAGCAGGAUCAUAGGCUUUGUGUCCCAGUGCGGUGUCCCGGAGAGGUGUGCCUCUGCCGCAGAUGCCCUGACCUUGCCCCGAAGGAUCUCGUGCCCUGUGAAGCACAGCACCAGCAGGCCUGUGUUGCUCUCGAGCUUGGAGCACACAAAGUGGGCUCCGCUGGCGAGAUCCACAUUUUCUCUUCUGAGUAUUGCUCUUCCUCUCAUGGCUUAGAGACCGUAGUGACAGAAGUGGGUUUACUCUUUCUUCCCAGUUUGUUUUCCCGUAACGUUGUUUACGGUCCUUGUUUAACUGCAUCAGUCUUCAGUGUGAAGAAGCUAGAGGGUGAAACAGCAAACCCUUUUCUUGAGUGUUUUUAGGCUUUUUUUUUUUUUUAAUUUUACCCCUGCUCCCCUUUACAUGACUGUCCCCCCCGGACGUGCUGUUGAAGCCAUCAGCAGUGCUGUCUCAGUGCUGCCUUGCAGCCUCCCCCCCUCCAAACUCCUCCUGGCAUCUGAGCAAGCUCACCAAAGUGGCUUUCUGGCUCCUGAAAGGAACUGAGCAGCGGUAAAGGUUUGCAUCGACAAAUGCAACCCGAGCCCCACAGAUAUUGCCUCUUGCCUUACAUGUAUAGGUCCUAGAUAGACACUAGUUUAUCUUAACGCAAACUGUUCAAGUUAAUUCUAAAGCAAACCAAAGGACACCAUAACAGUCCGUUGAGUCACUCACACCAAGCUGGGAGUCCGCUUCUAGAUUGCACUAACGUAAAGAAGGAGAAUCGACAUCAUCUCAGCCCAUGUUCCUGCUGGCUGGAGUUGCUCAUUGAAACUAGGGAUCUGCAUUUUUCUGGUCUUUUGGGGCUUCUGAACUCUUGUUAAAUGGUGGAAGUGUUCAUACUGCUUUAAUAUUGUCCUAUAGUGGAAUAGCACUACCUGUACUCCCCGUGGACGCUGGCAUGGUGGGGACAGAGGGCUCAUUGGCUCGCUGUGACAGCGGCAUGCCUGCCUGGCCUGGAGAGGAAACCCGACAGCAUCAGAUCUGUUACGUGGAAAAUUUGUUAAUGCAGGAGUUCUCCAGAGAUUCGCUUUACAUACCAAAGAGGGGAACAUGUCUAGAAGACGAUGACUUGAGAGGAGAUGAGAAGAUCUGGCACCUGCCACAGUGGGCAAGCAGGGCACAUGUCUCCCUGCUGUCAGUGGACGAUGCCUGCUCAGUGUUGCAGAGGAUGCUGGAAAAACCCUGUUCUUGCCUGCGUAGCCCGGGGGAAAACGCCCAGCUCCAGGAGCUUUGAUCCUAGGUGUGCAAGCAAGCAUUUGCAGGUGAAGCAUCUUAUCUCACUUGUACCUCAAGAUACUGUUAGUGUCAAAGUAAUUGCUCAGAUUUCUCCUUAACAAUUAACUUGGGCACUGGUGGUCUCGUGUAACAACAUGGUUGAGCUGCCGAGCUGGUGCUGCUGCAUCAGGAUGGGAGUCAGGGGUGCUUUCCGGGCUCCUGGAUGAAAGUGCCACGGGGGUGCAAGGGGGUUUGGAGGAUGCAGUCUCUGAUGCUGCUGGGAGGGGAUGUUCAGUGGCCCCCCUUCUCAGCAAGCAGGAGGGUGCUGGGGAAGCAGAGCUGCUCCUGCACAAGAGGGGAGCAGAGCAGCAGCCCCUGGGGCCGUGGUGUGGAAGGCGAGGGGAACCCCUGAAUGCAGAGCGUGGCUGGUAGGGACUGUGCCGGCUGAGGCAGGCAUGCCAGGCAGCGCUGUCAGGCGCAAUGUGCUCAGGACCCACCUGCCAAGCAAACCUGAGCAUUGCUGCACAGUCAGGGAAGGGUUUGAAACCCAGCCUUGGAAACCACAGUAACUCGCUGAAACUUCUUCUGACCCCCUCCCCACCCCUGCUCCCACCUUUGUCCUGGCUCCUCUCCAGGCAGAAGAGAAAUUGUGCUCAUCCUGGGUCUGGAACGGGCUUUGGCCCGUGUCUGGAGAGGACAAAUCCUGACUCUUCUCAUGUUAGAAUCUGCUUCAGGCCAAGAACAUUGUUUGAGAUUCACGUGGUUGCUUAUGCUGUUGUGCAGACAGCAUGUAAAUGAAUUGAAAUGUCUUAUCCAUAAUGAAAAUAUUUCAUGCUUUUUUAAUCUAUUAGAUAUGGAAAUAUUUUUUGAAACUGAAAAUGCAGUCGGUAGAAUUUAAAUUGAAACGUAAUACAUGUAAAAUAUAUUUUAGUUGAUAAUUUUGUAAAAUGCACUUUUUUGUGUCUCUUCCCUGGUUUCCCAGAUCUGUAUUUCAGUGUUUACAGAUGGAAUGAGAACAUUCCCUAUACCCUCCUUCUGUGAGAAAGAUAUAUUAGAAGUAAUUCUUAAAAAAUAAAUUUGAAAAAUCGUAUUGA